AUGGCUGAGGGCAGCGAGCUGAUGAACAGGCUCAUGAGCGAGAACGCGGACCUGAAGAAGCAGGUGCGCCUGCUGAAGGAGAACCAGAUGCUGAAGCGGCUGCUCAGCGAGAGCUGCCAAGAGAGCUGCAGCCGCGGGGGCCGAGAGCCCCUCUUCCCCCGGGGCCCUGCCUACCCUGAGGCCUGCUCCCCGGGGUGUGCAGGUCCAGACUUUGGAAGGUUCGGCAGUGUCCCCGACCCACCCUCCCAGAUGCCGACGUCCUCCCUGGAGGACCUGCUGUGCUCGCACGCCCCCCUCUCCAGCGAGGACGAAGCCUCCCCGGGCUGUGCCACCUCCUCCCAGGUGACCUUCAAGGCCUUCAUCGGCGCCCCGGAGCUGCACGCACGGGGCACCGACAGGAAGCUGUCUCCACUCCUGAGCCCCCUGCAGGACCCGCUGGUGGACAAGACCCUGCUCGAGCCCAGGGAGAUGGUGCGGCCCAAGAAGGUGUGCUUCUCAGAGAGCAACCUGCCCACCGGGGACAGGACCAGGCGGAGCUACUACCUCAAUGAGAUCCAGAGCUUCGCGGGUGCUGAGAAGGACGGCCGCAUUGUUGGAGAGAUCGCCUUCCAGCUGGACCGGCGCAUCCUGGCCUACGUGUUCCCAGGCGUGACGCGGCUCUACGGCUUCACCGUGUCCAACAUCCCUGAGAAGAUCAAGCAGACCUCCAUCAAGUCCCUGGACGGCUCGGUGGACGAGAAGAAGCUGCGGGAGCUAACGCACCGCUACCUGACGCUGACGGCCCGGCUGGAGAAGCUGGGCUACAGCCGCGAGGUGCACCCCGUCUUCAGCGAGUUCCUCAUCAACACCUACGGCAUCCUGAAGCAGCGGCCCGACCUGCGUGCCAACCCGCUGCACAGCAGCCCCGCCGCGCUGCGCAAGCUGGUCAUCGACAUCGUGCCGCCGAAGUUCCUGGGCGACUCGCUGCUGCUGCUGAACUGCCUGUGCGAGCUCUCCAAGGAGGACAGCAAGCCGCUCUUCGCCUGGUGAGCCGCGCCGCCUGUCCCUCCUGCAAUAAAUACGUUUGUUCCAAACCCGGGGGCCGCCGUGCUCCUGCAUGUCCCUCCCGCAGGGGACGCUGGUCUGCUGGCGCUGCAGCGGGGAAAGGCCCUCCGCGGCCAGCCGCACUCCGGGGCACCGCGCAGCCCGCCGCCACCCACAGUCGAGGGCACCUGUCGCCUUAUUAAAAGCAUG